AGCGGGGCCGCGGGGCGGUGGCGUACAGCGGCGGUGCUCCCUCCGAGCCUAGCCCAGCCCAGCCCAGCCCAGCCCUGGGGAAGGCUGGUCGGAGCGCAGCGCCGGUGGGGCGGGCAGACGGCAGAGCCGGAGAUUUCCUGUGCGCUGCUAGCUUACAUGAUACAGUUCUCAAGUCUGGAAUAAUUUUGUGAGCAAGAUUUCUUAAUUACAUCAGUGCUCCAAGAUACAAAGAAAUAGUUUUCAGAGUAACCUUGAAGAUCUUUUGAAGUCACUAAAAAUCUGAUAAUUGAGAGCCAUAAUGGCAGACAUAGGAGAUGGACCACAUUCGGGGGAAGAUCUGACAGAUGCAAAAUCUAUUCCUGGUUCCAAAGGAAAGAACCUACCUGCUAGCAAGUCUAUGGACUCUGGAAUUCUGCCAGACUACAGUUACAGAAUGGAUUAUCCAGAGAUGGGGGAAUGUGUAAUAAUAAACAAUAAGAACUUCCACAGACAGACCGGGAUGUUACCCCGUUCGGGUACAGAUGCGGAUGCUGCAAGUGUCAGAGAAGUUUUUAUGAAGUUGGGAUAUAAAAUAAAGAUCAACAAUGAUCUUUCAUGCAGGGACAUUCUUGAACUCUUGAAAAAUGUUUCUGAAGAAGAUCACAGCAAGCGAAGCAGUUUUGUUUGCGUGUUGCUAAGCCAUGGUGAUGAAGGAUUCAUCUAUGGUACAGAUGGCCCUCUUGAACUGAAAGUACUAACAAGCCUUUUCAGAGGUGACAGGUGCAGAAGUUUAGCAGGAAAACCCAAGCUCUUUUUCAUUCAGGCUUGUAGAGGGACAGAAUUAGAUUCUGGUAUUGAGGCAGACAGUGGAUCAGAAGAAACAAUGUGUCAAAAAAUACCUGUAGAAGCAGACUUCCUGUAUGCAUAUUCUACAGCUCCAGGCUAUUACUCCUGGAGGAAUUCAGCUGAAGGCUCCUGGUUUAUUCAGUCACUGUGUAAAAUGCUGAAGGAACAUGCAAGGAAACUUGAACUCAUGCAGAUUUUAACUCGUGUAAAUCGCAGAGUGGCAGAGUACGAGUCCUGCUCAACACGGCAAGAUUUUAAUGCAAAGAAACAGAUUCCGUGCAUUGUCUCUAUGCUCACCAAAGAAUUUUACUUCCCUUGCUAAAAGAAUUUCACCUUGUAAUUUUUCAGUUCAUGUUUUUAUCUGUAAUUUAUAUGCAAUGUUAGUAUGGAAUACCACUUCUAAAUCUGAACUACAGUUCACUGUUGUGUAUGGCAUAAUGAACUGUCUCAAAGUUAGAUAUGUCCAUUAUUAGGAGUAAAACAUAGUAUGGCUAUGUUAGAAAUGCAGACUUGAGUAGCUGAAGCAUAGGCAACUUUGAAAGUAGUGCUCUGAGUAUCUCAGAAAAAUUGGGAAGAGGAGACUGAAGAAAUCUCAGAUCACUUACCAGAUCUAUUUGGUGCUACAUUUCACUUUGCUGAAGGGGCAGAGAAACGAAGCAGUUCUUAUAAAUAAUUUGGUUUCAUUUCUUUGCCAAUAGAAAGAAGAUUCAGAAUGUGAUAUGUUUACUAAUGAUGGUAAUAUGAUAGUAGUGUUGUCAUACGUUUCUUCUUAACUCAAGUUCUUAAAGUUUAGGUUAUAAACUAACCUAAACUGUUUUUAUAACUUAGGGCAUAAACUGUGGAAGACAGCCAAUUCAUUUUUUUACAUACAAUUAGGAACCAUAUUUAGAAUACAGUCAAUUUUUUCCUGAUGAUUUUAUAACUUUUUGUAUGCAAUAUUAGGUAAAGCAAUUAUAUCAACACAGUAGCUGUUUCAAAAUAAAUUUUGUAUUCUGACCUUGAAGCUGAGUGACUAAGGGACCAGUCUUCCAAAACUUUUUCUGCAGCUCCCUAAGGGGGGAUCUGUUGGCGCAUAUUUUGGGCUAUAAGACUCAGUGCAAAGGGAAGUCUACGUUCUGAAUAGUCUGCUUUCCUCUUUCUGGCCGUAAAUAAGAGUGGGUUCGCUUUGUGCUAUGUGUGUACCACAUUUAACCUGUGUGGAAAUCUGGAUUUGUGAUACUGGAGAAAUUUCACUUCUUAACUCUAAUAUCAAUUUGAGUUAAUUACAAGACUUUAGCUAAAAUAUGUUAAAAAAUAGUAAAUUUGUAUCUCUUGACUCUGAAUUUUGUGGAGAAGGUUUUUGCAAAAUUGUAAAACACUUGAUGUUUCAGCUUGUGGCAGUCUUUUUAAGAUCAGAGGAAGACAGAAUGGUAAAUGACUAUAGGGUGCUUGCAAAACAAGACUUAAAUCUCUUUAAAUUGUGUAGCAUAAACAAUGUUAUCAAAUUGAUGUUCACUUCCAGAGGCAUUUGUGGUGUUUUUGUUUUUUUUUUUAACUUAAAUACUGUUUCCUAAACUGUA